CCACCCACCCGCGGACCCGCCUUGCCUCCAUCCACAGCGACCACGCCCCUCCCAUCUUCGCUCUCUCCGCUCACCUCCACUUCCCCGCCCCCGCCCCGGUCUCCGUCCUUGACACGGGCGCGCACCCGUCCGCCUCCGACUGACCCGGAGCCGACUCGACCUUGUUCAGGAGGGAGGGAGAGCCCGAACCGCGGCGGGGCGGGAGGGCUCCUUUUCGUUUGCCCCGCCGGAGGGCCAGCCGCCCCAUGGGCCGGUCGCCUGAGCGCGCUACGUAUCAGCUCAUCGACCGGCGGAAAGCUGAGCGUUAGCGGAGCUGAUGGCUACAUCAGAGCCAGUACAAGAGAAUUUGGCGAUGGACUACUCACAACCUAGUAAGCCUCGGGUACUCCUUGCUGCUUCAGGAAGUGUAGCCGCUAUAAAAUUUGAGAACCUUUGUCGUAGUUUCUCUGAGUGGGCGGAUGUCCGAGCCGUGGCCACCGCAUCAUCUUUGCACUUUAUUGAUAGAUCAUCUCUUCCAAGUGACAUUGUUCUUUACACUGAUGAUGAUGAGUGGUCUACCUGGAAGAAGAUAGGAGAUGAAGUUUUACACAUUGAGCUGCGUAAAUGGGCAGAUAUUAUGGUGAUUGCUCCGUUAUCAGCAAAUACCCUGGCUAAGAUCGCCGGUGGGUUAUGUGACAACCUCUUAACAUGCAUCGUGAGAGCGUGGGACUACAGCAAACCGCUCUUUGUUGCCCCAGCUAUGAACACAUUAAUGUGGAACAACCCAUUCACAGAGCGUCAUCUUCAAACGAUCAACCAACUGGGCAUAAUCUUGAUCCCCCCAGUUACCAAAAGGUUGGCUUGUGGCGAUCACGGGAAUGGUGCAAUGGCUGAAACCUCGCAGAUCUAUACUUCUGUGAGGCUUGCAUGGAAGACGCAACCACAUGAUGCAAGCAGUUCACUUGUGGUUCCUGUCAGUAAUAACCGCCCAUCUAGCUGAUGUUUGACCUCUUAAUUAAGAGCUUAGGAAUUUGUUUUAUCUGCAGUGUGCAUCUUGAUGUUAGAAAUGUUGUACCAAUUUUUUUUAACCAGUGUUUUAGUGUGUAUUGUGAUGAGAAUGUGGGGAAAGGAGGUUGUCAGUUGUCACGGUGAUAAAUUACUGCCAGCUCAGUAUCGAUAGUGAGGAUGAGUCUCUUCAGCGACAUGCAUGCGGAUUUGCUGAUGUUUUUUUCUGUUACCGACAACAUUUGCAAUUUUGCUCGAUAGAUGAAAAAAUAUAAUA